UUCUAUGUCGGUGACUAUUUCGUGUGUGUUGGUGUUGCGUUAAUAAAAAAGUGUAAAUACUUAAGAAAAUUUUAGAGUUGACAAAUCAAAAAAGUUUCUACGGGUCGUGCGCUAACGUUAACCGAAAAAUGCAAAAUCAAAUAUGUUUGCCAGACCAUAUAUAACGACCACAGAUUUACUUGAUUAACAACAAAAAGAAAGUUAUGAAAAGCAACAGACCCCGACCCAUUGGAUAAUCUAUUCAUAAACUGCAUCGUCUUCGUUGUUGUCGUGUUCGUCGUCGACUCUACUUACAAUUAGAUUUGUUCAUGUCUCACAAUAACAACAGCUGCAACAACAACAAGAAUAUAACAGAACUGAAUCGAGCGACUUAAUGUGUGUUAUCCAGAUAUUAAGUUAAUCAGUUGAAGUCGUCCUGUUCAAUGUGGUCAACGUAUUCGUAUUCUCCAUUGUCAGUGAGAUGCGUCAAAGUCUGGUCAAGAAUAUAGUCAACUGAGUAAACUAAUCCCUCAUUACGCACUCACACACACACACACACACAUACACAACACACACACACUCACAAAUCCCAUCGAAGCCUUUGAAGCAAAGUAAGCAAUAGCCAAAGAGAGCCUGAGUGUCGUAGGAAACAGCGAGCAACGCCAAAGUACAAAUGCUCAAGAGCAACUAAAUCGAAAUUAAAAUAAAAAAGGAAUAAACAUACAACAAUUUACAUUAGAGAGCAAAAACAACUACGGAAUUAACGCAAAUUUUUGGCUAAUCGAAAACUGUGAAGUUGCUCCAAAAAUACGAAUAUUCAAAGGACGGGACACAAAAAGCUGCAAUAUAUAUAUAUCAUUUUCAUUAGCAACAUUGUGCAAAAUUGCAAGAGGGGGGAGCGGAAUACACAUAACAAUUGAACGAUAAAGUCGUUUCAUAAGGAUUUGCCCAAGUCACGGAGCGUCGAGCAGGGACGGUAGAACGCGUAAGCGUCCUUAAAUCCAGUUAGCAUGGAGUGCUGUUUAUCAGAAGAGGCCAAGGAACAAAAACGGAUCAAUCAGGAAAUCGAGAAACAGUUGCGUCGCGACAAACGAGAUGCACGCCGAGAACUUAAACUCCUGUUACUGGGCACGGGCGAGUCCGGAAAGUCAACGUUUAUCAAACAGAUGCGCAUUAUACACGGCAGCGGAUACUCGGACGAUGAUAAGCGUGGCUACAUUAAGCUGGUGUUCCAGAACAUAUUCAUGGCCAUGCAGUCAAUGAUCAAGGCCAUGGAUAUGCUGAAAAUAUCCUACGGUGUUGGCGAACAUAUAGUACGUAACUUUGACUUAAUCCUAGUGUUUCAAAUUGUUAUUUAUACCGGAUUUCAUUUGCAGGAUCUUGCUGAUCUGGUUAUGAGCAUUGAUUAUGAAACAGUAACAACAUUUGAGGAUCCGUAUUUGAAUGCCAUAAAAACGCUAUGGUCCGAUGCCGGCAUACAGGAGUGCUAUGAUCGACGAAGAGAAUAUCAAUUGACUGAUUCCGCUAAAUAUUAUCUGAUGGAUCUCGAUCGUGUGGCUCAACCUGAUUAUUUACCCACUGAGCAAGACAUUUUACGAGUUCGUGUGCCGACAACGGGGAUCAUUGAGUAUCCCUUCGAUCUAGAAGAAAUCAGAUUUAGAAUGGUGGACGUCGGUGGUCAGCGUUCUGAGAGAAGAAAGUGGAUUCAUUGUUUUGAAAAUGUCACCUCGAUCAUAUUUUUGGUAGCGUUAUCGGAAUAUGAUCAAAUCUUGUUUGAAUCUGAUAAUGAGAACCGCAUGGAGGAAUCAAAAGCUUUAUUUAGAACUAUAAUUACGUACCCGUGGUUCCAAAAUUCAUCAGUUAUUCUUUUCCUAAACAAGAAAGAUUUGUUAGAAGAGAAAAUCAUGUAUUCGCAUUUGGUGGAUUAUUUUCCUGAAUACGAUGGUCCACAGCGAGAUGCAAUAGCAGCCCGUGAAUUCAUACUGCGCAUGUUUGUAGACUUAAAUCCAGAUUCCGAAAAGAUUAUCUAUUCUCAUUUCACCUGUGCUACAGAUACUGAAAAUAUUAGGUUUGUGUUUGCGGCUGUAAAGGACACGAUUCUGCAAUCCAAUCUUAAGGAAUACAAUUUGGUCUAAACUGGAUUUGGAUCAGCAAACUAUUUUUGUGAUUUUUAUUAUACAUAUACAUAUAUAUACAAAUGUAUAAGUGUAUACAUAUAUAUAUGUGUGGAUAUAUGUAUGUAUAUAUACAUAUACAUAUGUAUACAGAAAUAUAUAUAUGAAUAUGAAUAUAUAUACAUACAUUCAUAAUUCCUUUUUCGCAUAUUAAUUAAAAUGAUACAAACAAGAAAAGAAAACUAAUGAUGUUUGCCGAAGAUUAAGCAUUAGAACCAAACACAAGUUUCUUAAAUUGUAAACAUCAGGAACCGAACAGAGAAAAGAAUGUAGCAUAAAUUAUGAAAAUUAUGAUAACACGAUUUGAUUGAUGUAUACAUUUGAAUUUGUGUGGAAUGCACAAAAAGAGAAAUGAAAAACAAAACAAAAUUUAAAUAACUUCUGAUACCAAGUACGAUUAACGUAAUAAUAAUAAUAUUUAAAAUUCAUUAUUAUAGAACUUUUGUAAUAAAAUGAAAAAAAAGCAAAAACAAAAUAAAUUUAAUUUAAUCAAAAGCUUAAAAGGAACAACAAAUGGAAACAAUUUUUGUCGUACUGAAGCGUAAAUUUUACUGAAACCAACCAACAAAAUGUAACUUAUAAACAAAUAGUAAUUUUGCAUAAACAAAUAUAUGUCAGAAGUUUCUCAUAAUUAUUUAAAUAUUACACACACACACACAUAUUCACGCACAUAUACACAAACAUACACACUCGCAUUAAAACAAGAAGAAAAACAGAAUCCUGUAAGCUAAAAGAAACAACAAAAAAAAGAAAAGAAAUGAAAUGAAAAUCAAAUGCAGAUAUAAUAAAUGAACUGUAUAAUGUAUUUUCGUUUUGAUAAAGAAGAACCAUCGUAAAUACUGUAACAAUUGUUUACUGAAAUAUUUAUAUUAUAAAUACAAAGCCCAUAAUAUAUGUAUAUACAUAAAUGCAUACAAAACAUACAUACAGCAUACGCACAUACUUACAUAACUUUGUAAUGAUAAAUAAAUUAAUUUGUAUUGCGAAAAAGAAUCAUUCAAUGUAAAUUACAAAUCGUACUAAUACAUAAAAUGGGAAACGAUUAUGAACGUGAUGAUUAAGUACUAUAUUAUGUAAUGAAAAAAAAAAUAACAAAACAACAAAUUAAUAAUCGCAUUUGUAUUUUACAAAUCGCGGCCAGAUUUAUAUAUUACCUAAGUAUAAUUAACAUGUACGUUUGUCAAAGAUUUCAUAGCUGCAGCAUAACUAUAAUUAACAAAAACAGCAGAAAAACAAAAAACAAAAA